UAAAUCCCAGACUGGAGAGGGAGCCUCUGGAGGGAUUUCCUUCAUCACAGUGUGAAGAAGCUGUGGUGAAGGCUGGUGGCGAGCAGGGAGAUGCCAGCCAAAAUGCAGCUCCUUAUCAGAUGUAACGGGAGGAUUUUCCUGGCUGUUUGUUUAAUCCUCUUUGUGGGAUACACGGCACAAGGUGCUCCAAUGCAGAAGGCAAGGUACAAGAGAGUAAGGUGCCGACCCGAUGCCUGGUCUGCUAACUGCAUCGAAGAGCAGGGACCCUGGUUUCACAUACCCGCCGGGGGAGCCAACAGGAUCCUUCCUCCCAUGGCAGACCCAUCCCUGAUGAAGCAAUACCAGGAGCUAAGCGACAUAUUCCCUCUCUCAGAUGAUGAGUCUGGCUCUGGGCCUGACGUGUCAGUGGAAGCAGAGCCAGCCUCUGGGUCGGGGUUUGGUGACAGCGAUGGCCUCUCCAAGGCAAAGCCACCCACCUUCCUACAGGGUCUGCAGAAUGGCAAACUGAAGCAAAAGCUAACGGAAGAGGAUCUGCUGCUGUAGGACUUGAGACAUCAGCCUCCUCAUCGUAGUGGUGGUCUCCUUUGCCUCCUGCAUCCUUUCCUGGGCUCCUGACUCAGCUCAAUGGGCAUGAAGUGGUUUUAAGCCAAUCUAAAUCAAUAAAAACGUUGCCGUAAUAUC